AUGAGAAUACUGUUAUUAGUGCUAUGUUUGGUUCAAAUUGUAACCAGUUUGAAUAUUCUUGUGUGUUUAUUGGGGACCAAUCAGUUUGAAAGGAACAUUUUCGAGUUUCUUGCACAACAACUUGCAUUACGUCACCAUAAUGUAAUUUCAAUCAAACCAGUGCUAAUCCCAGAGGAACCGCGACUAGUGAAACCAAAACUACACCUUGUCCGUGAGAAAGUGAUCAAGAAUGUUCUAAAUAAGGAUUUAUUCAAACCACUCGAAGACGCAGUGCCGAAUACGGCGUGGAGAGCCGACUACGAUUACGAUAGUUAUUUGGAGCCUUAUUAUAGAGCGCAUAACGCCAGUUGCUACAAACUUUUGAACUCAAAUCUGGUUGACUCAUUGAAAAAAGAAUCUUUGGAUGUGGCGAUUGUCUACUCGGGAAAUCCAUGUCUGAACGCGCUUACUCACCUGGUUGCCGUUCCCACCAUCUAUUUUGAUACUGAAGGACUCACUGAUGAAACUUUGACCGCUGCUGGUGCUCCUGUUGAUGUUCAAACUUCUCCAUCGCACUGUGCCAUUGCGGAAUCUAAAGACUAUCCACUUUUGAACAUCUACAGAAAUUCAGUAUGCUAUUUGCAAGAAAUGAUCGCUCAACUCGGUCUUCCAAUCCUUUCCUCUUUGGUUUCCAAGCGUCAUCGUCUUUUGGAUGAGCCAACUACGAAUAUCUUCAGAACAGAUUACACUAUUAAAAAGAGAUUCAAAAACUUCCCAAAUGUUAACACGUUGAAACAACAAAGCGUUGUCUUUUUUGCGAACACAGAUCCACUUCUCGAGCCUUCACGUGCUCUACCACCCAAUGUUAUCCCAGUCGGUGGUCUCCAUAUUGAUCAUCCAAAACCACUUUUUGCACCAUGGAACACUACCAUUGCUGCGGCCAAAGAAGGAUUGAUUAUUGUUUCUUUUGGAACACAAGCAGACAGCAGUAAAAUGAGUGCCAAGCAAGCCAAGUCUAUUCUCAAGGCUCUAACAAAUCUAAACGACUACAGAAUUUAUUGGAGAGUUGGACCAAACAUGAAACUUGAUGGAAUUGAUGAAACUAAGAUCCCAAAACAUAUCAACCUGACCACUUUCAUCCCACAAAACGAUCUUCUCGCUCAUAAAGCUUGUAAACUUCUUGUCACUAACGGAGGAAUGUCAUCUGUAAUGGAAGCAGUGGCUCAUGGAGUUCCUAUUGUUGGAGUCCCAUUGUAUGGAUCCAACAGAUACAAUUUACAGAAGGUUUCAAAUAAGGGACUUGGUGUAGUAAUUGAAAAAGAUGAUCUCAAUGAAAUUUCAUUGUAUGGAGCCAUGAAAAAAGUGUUGGAGUCAGCGAAAUACAAAAAUACUGCUAAGGAAAUGUCGAGAGAGUUCAGAGCCCGUACGACAUCACCAUUCGCUGCAGCUCUUCAUGCUAUUGAUCACGUUGGUCGUCAUCACUCAUACGCCUACAUGCAGCCUGCCUACCAGCCAAUCUACCAUCGCGUUGAUUUUUAUCUUCUUUUGCUCAUCGUCUUCUUACCUGUACUUCUUCUUCAAAAGUUCUUCGGAUUUUUCUUCAAAACCACAGCUAAAAAUGUUCAAAGCUCCAAAGUGGCUGAAGCGGCUGUGAAAGUGGUCAAAGAGGUUGCGGAGUCGAAGAAAAAUAAGUGA